CUGUGGCCCCCCGAUCCCAUAGCAUUGGGAGGCAACGGAGAGUGCGUCGGAUGGCUCCGAAUCUAUUGUCACCAUUCAUAGCGCAGGCACAAACCCGCCAUUCUGCCAUCAAGAUGGACCUAAAAGAGGCAGCUGCAACUGUAUUUAAUGGGGACUUGGACCCAAGCGAGGAGCUUGUUGCAAUGCAUGACACAAGUUUAACCAGAGGCAACCUCGCGUCUUUCCAGGGAGACUGUUGGAUUGGCAAUGAUGUCGUUGAUGCAUUUUGCCGAAUGUUGCAAUUCGACGAUCAAUCAAGGACAAAACUAUUUCUCUCCCCCUACAUAGCUGAAAUGGUGAUGCGUUCCAACGCAAAACAUUUGACGCACGAUGCAAUUAUUGCGCGUUUCGAUCCAUAUAUGUAUGCCUUUGAUGGUUCGUAUCAGAAUGUUACUCAGGUCUACUUACCGGUCCUUUUCAAAAACCAUUGGACACUUUAUGUCUAUGACCUACAUAACAAACGAAUCCAGCUCUUGGAUUCUCGGCCUGGAAGAAAAAGGAGUUGUAUGAGUGGAAUACAACAAAAUUUGGCCAAGGUUGUUCUAUGGCUUGUUGCCAACAAGAAAGAAAUGGUUGCUGUAGACUUGAACAUGUACAGUUUUGUCAUGCCAGACGUACCAUGCCAACCAAAUGACAAUGACUGCGGCGUUUUUAUUAUGAAAUUCAUGGACAACUGGUCCAAUGGGGGACUCUCCAAAUCCAUCGAUGUGGCCAAGAUUAAGAAGUAUAGAUUGAAGCUACUGGGCAGAUUAUUGCUUUCAUCACAGAAUGCACAUCGGCAUCGAUUUAUGGCAGUUUGAG